AUGACAUCCACAACGACAGAGACGACCGCUCAGCUGCAGUGCAUGCAACAGGGCGGCCCCUUCAAGAUCGUGCACGUUCCCAAGCCGACGCUGGCGCCCGAAGAGGUGCUGAUCCGACAGCGGGUCGUCGCGCUCAACCUGUUGGACGUGAAGCAGCGCGACCUAGGUGUACUCAUACCGCGCUGGCCGCACGUGUUAGGCAUCGAGGGCGCCGGCGUCAUCGAAACUGUGGGCUCGGAGGUGGGCGACCUGCAGCCCGGCGACGAGGUCGCGGGCUGGGAGCGCGGCGUAGCCCUCGAGGUCUCCUGGGGCGGGGCGUUCCAGGAGUGCGUCGCGGUGCCAGCGUCCUUCGUGGCCAAGAAGCCCAAGAACAUCAGACUUGAGGAGGCUGCAUCGCUGCCCAUCGGCUUCGUCACCGCCGUCUGCGCCAUUGUCGACAGCCUCAAGAUCCCGCUACCCUUCCUGCAAGGCAUGUCGACCGAGGGGCAAGCGCCGUCCUCGAUUCUCAUCCUCGGCGGGAGCUCCGCCACGGGCGCGGCGGCGAUUCAACUUCUGCGAAAGGCCUACCCAUCGCUGCCUAUUCUGGCAACGGCUUCGGUAAAACACCACGCGCGACUUGGCGACCUCGGCGCGACGUAUGUCGUCGAUUACAAGUCUCCCACCGUCGUGGCUGAUAUUAAGGCCGCGUCGCCGGGAGCCGCCGGCGUCGACAUAAUUAUCGACUGCGUGUCGGCCGGCGCCAGCCAGACCGACAUCAGCGACGUGCUCAACCCCUUUGGCUGUAAGAGGUACGCUGCUCUCAUCACCGGCGUGCAAGUUCCAGUACCGGAGGGGGUCAACAAGCUCGACGUCAGCGCGUUGUCCGUGGUCGACCAGCCGGGAGGCAAGCAGCUCAUCCCGUCAAUCACCAAGCUUGUAGAAGAGGGCACGUACAGGGUACCACUGCCGGUUAGGGUUGUUGGGCACGGAUUAGAAGAGCUGCCUAAUGUCCUGGACGAAGUGAAGACUGUCAGUGGGGAGAAGGUGGUCGUGACGCUGUAA